UUCUGAGGGGCGCAGGCCACGAUUUCUGCUGCAUUUGUGGGCUUUUCCACAGAUUUUCCCUCAGUUGAACCUUUUUUCCCGGCCCAGAUGCUCUUCAGUUCUGUGCUCCGCCAACCCCAGCUUGGCGUCCCGAGAAAUGGGUGGUCUUCACAGUACCCUUUACAGUCCCUUCUAACUGGUUACCAAUGCAGCUAUAAUGAUGAGCACACUUCUUAUGGAGAAACAGGAGUCCCAGUCCCUCCUUUUGGGUGCACCUUCUCUUCUGCUCCCAAUAUGGAGCAUAUACUAGCAGUUGCCAAUGAAGAAGGCUUUGUUAGAUUAUAUGACACAGGAUCACAAACUUGCAAAAAGAAGUGCUUCAAAGAAUGGAUGGCUCACUGGAAUGCUGUCUUUGACCUGGCCUGGGUCCCUGGAGAAUUUAAACUUCAGGCAGGUGAUCAAACAGCCAAAUUUUGGGACGUAAAAGCUGGUGAGCUGAUGGGAACAUGCAAAGGUCAUCAAUGCAGCCUCAAGUCAGUUGCCUUUUCUAAAUUUGAGAAAGCUGUCUUUUGCACAGGUGGAAGAGAUGGCAACAUUAUGGUCUGGGACACUAGGUGCAACAAAAAAGAUGGGUUUUAUAGGCAAGUGAAUCAAAUCAGUGGUGCUCACAAUGCCUUGGACAAGCAAACCCCUUCAAAACCCAAGAAGAAACAGAAUUCAAAAGGACUUGCUCCUUCUGUGGAUUUUCAGCAGAGUGUUACUGUGGUCCUCUUUCAGGAUGAGAAUAUAUUAGUCUCAGCAGGAGCUGUGGAUGGGGUAAUCAAAGUAUGGGAUUUGCGUAAGAAUUAUACUGCUUAUCGACAAGAACCCAUAGCAUCCAAGUCUUUCUUGUACCCAGGUAGCAGCACUAGAAAACUAGGAUACUCAAAUCUGAUUUUGGAUUCCACUGGCUCUACUUUAUUUGCUAACUGCACAGAUGAUAACAUCUAUAUGUUCAAUAUGACUGGAUUGAAGACUUCUCCAGUGGCUACCUUCAAUGGACACCAGAACUCUACUUUUUAUGUUAAAUCCAGUCUUAGUCCAGAUGACCAGUUUUUAAUCAGUGGUUCAAGUGAUGAAGCUGCCUAUAUCUGGAAGGUCUCCACACCCUGGCAUCCUCCUACUGUGCUCCUGGGUCAUUCUCAAGAGGUCACAUCUGUAUGCUGGUGUCCGUCAGACUUCACAAAGAUUGCUACCUGCUCUGAUGACAAUACAUUGAAAAUCUGGCGCUUGAAUAGAGGCCUAGAGGAGAAACCAGGAGGAGAUAAGUUCUCCAUGGUGGGCUGGGCCUCACAAAAGAAAAAAGAAGAGAGAGCUGGCCUAGUAACGGUAACGAGUGGCCAGAAUACUCCUGCCAAAGCUCCCAGGGUAAAGAGCAGUCCAUCCAUUUCCUCCCCAUCAUCAGCAGCUUGUGCUCCAAGCUGUGCCGGAGACCUCCCUCUUCCUUCUAAUACUCCCACAUUCUCUGUUAAAACCCCUCCUGCCAAUACGAGGUCUCCCAUCAAUAGAAGAGGCUCUGUUUCCUCUGUCUCUCCCAAGCCACCCUCAUCUUUCAGGAUGUCCAUUAGAAACUGGAUGACCCAAACACCUUCCUCAUCUCCUCCUGCUUCUGAGAACAAGAUGACAUCUCCAAGAAAAGCCCUUAUUCCUAUGAGCCAGAAGUCAUCUCAAGGAGCUGCUUGCUCUGAGACUAGAAGCAGAGUUAAGAGGAGGCUAGACUCAAGUUGUCUGGAGACUGUGAAACAAAAGUGUGUGAAAAGUUGCAACUGUGUAACUGAACUUGAUGGCAGAGUUGAAAAGCUUCAUUUGGAUUUGUGCUGCCUUGCUGGUAACCAAGAAGACCUUGAUAAGGACUCUCUAGGUCUUAGCAAAUCAAGCAGGAUUGAAGGAGCUACUGUGAGUAUCACAGAAACUCCUUCUCCCGCCGGUACUUAUACUUCAGAAGGCUGUGGAACACUGCCUCUUCCAUUGAGAUCUUGUGGAGGAGAGUCUGAAGUGGUAGGCAAAGAGAAUAGCUCCCCAGAGAAUAAAAACUGGUUAUUGGCCAUGGCAGCCAAACGAAAGGCUGAGAGUCCAUCUCCACGAAGUCCAUCAUCCCAAACCCCCAAUUCCAGAAGACAAAGUGGAAAGACGUCACCAGGUCCGGUUGCUAUUACUCCCAGUUCCAUGAGGAAGAUCUGUACGUACUUCCAUAGAAAGUCCCAAGAUGACUACUGUAGUCCUGAACAGUCAACAGAAUUAUAGAUUCUAAUCUGAGUGAGUUAACUGAACUGUGGUUGACUAAAACAAAGUAAAAAUAUAACAAAGAAUGGCUCUAUAAUUCUGGUCUUUAAGAAAGCUACAUCUUUUUAUUUUUAGAGAAAAUCCUUUCAACUCUGGUUCUACUUCCAUAGUGUCAUAUGCAGCUUCCUCAGGAUGAAUGCUGUAUAUAAAAUUUCAUAAAGUAAAAGUUUAUUACUCUGUAGCAUUUUGAAUGAAUAGUCUUCAUUUUCUAAAUUAUGCAUCCUCUCUAUAAUCAUAACACUAGCUUAUGGAGGCAAAAAUAUAAGACAUGCCUCUUGUCACGCUGAAAUCUUAUAUACACAGUGAAUAAGUAUCUGCUGACCACAGCAGUAGACCUAUCUGAAAAUCCUCUGCUGAAGACCCCUGGAUCUGUUCUGCCUCAAACAAGUAAUUUUAUUGGAAAUACAUAAUCUCUUCACUAUGCUUUUUUAUGUUUUUAUUUAAGUAUUGUGUUAAAAAAAGAUGAUGUACAGUUAAGUUCAUUUAUACUGGUUCAGUGUUAAAAUCAUUUUUCUAUUUUAAAACCUAAGACAAAGGUCAACUGGGACAACAAUGAAAAGCUUUAUUCAUCUUUUCCCUCCAAUAUAGGUGUUUCUUCUUGUUCCUUGGUAAGAUUUAAAGUUCUCAUAUUUUUACC